AUGGUCAUUUUGAACAGGCUUCCACCAGAAUUGUUGACAAAUGUCUUCAAAUACACACCAAACAACAAAUUGGCGGAAUUACGGAAUUUGAUAAUUGACGUCGAUGCACCAGUAUUAUUAGACUGUAUCGAUGCUGCUUUGUUUGACAAAAUUGCCAUUGCUAAAAACCUAGACCAAAGGGAACCCAGAAUCAAGAAUUUGCCGUUUUUUAUCACUACUUUACCUGAAACAUCCGAAAUCUCUGGGGUGUUUGAUGAUGGUUCCACGGAAGUUACAUGUCUUGCAUCAGAUUUUUUCAAGGAUAAUAAAUCUAUGGAUCAUGUUGGGAAAUACGUGAAAAGAAUCCAUUUAUAUCAAACUCGGUAUAUCCGAUAUGACAAACAUGAAAUGGAAAGUUUGGUGAGGUUUAUUAACUCUGCUAUGCAAUUGCAAUCUAUAAGGGCCUCAAUUCCUAUAUCUGGCAUUACCAAGAAGCUUACAGAAAUGGAAAUCGUCGUUGAUGCGGCUGAAAACAUGCUACUGGAUGGCCUCGAUUCUUUAAAAUUUUUGAAGUUAUUCAAUUAUCCUGUAUUAGCUAGUGAGCUUUCGCCGUCGGAGUACGAUUUUUCCAAGUUGAAGAGGUUAGAAUUGUGUUACUGCGUGCAGAAUUUCGAUGGCUCUACUUGGAAGCUUUCCAAUUUAAAAGAAUUGGCAAUAACCUUUGCCACGGGGAUCGCACCUGGUGUCACUUCGAAUAUGGUUUCAAAAAAUUUCCCAAAAUUAAAAAAAUUAUCAUUGAAACACGGUACCAUUGAAACAAUCGGAACCACGGAUUUAGUAUCGCUUGAGCUUUCGGAUAUGCAAAUUAUUCCACUGACGCUUGAUUUCCACAACAUCACGAAUUUGGAAGAAUUAAAAUUGAAGAGGCUUGGAUUGCCUUCAAUUCCAAACUUGAAGUACUUGAAAAACUUGAAUUCAUUGGAAAUUACCCUGGAAUGGGGAAUCGUUCAAUUAGGAAAAUUACCCAAUUUACCAAAACUUACGCAUCUCAAUUUGUCCGAUAACAAAAUUUCUAGCGUGGUUACAGGGUUUUCUCAUUUGCCAAAAUUAAUAGAAUUGAACCUUCAUAACAAUGAACUUGACUCAUUAAAAGGUCUCGAUGAUAUUCUGAGUCUCAUCAAGCUUGAUGUCAGUCGCAACAAGAUUUCAAGUAUUAUACCCUUGAACUGUCCUAAACUUGUAAACUUAAAUCUUGAAGGAAACAAGCUUACUUCUUUGAAUGGCUUAGAAAUCCUUUUAUCUAUUACAAAGCUUAAUGUUAAACAAAACAACAUUUCAGAUAUCUCAGAUUUGAGUCUUCAUAGCCUUAGGGAAUUCGAUAUUUCUCACAACCCUGUCUCUAACUUGAGACAUUUGGCCGAUUUCCCGGCUCUUAGAAGUUUGGAUUUAUGUGGCGUUCCUGUUAAAAACUUUGAAAACUUGGGUGAUAUUGGAAAACUACGAAAUUUAAAAAGUCUAUCUCUUUUUGAAAAUGAGAUUCCAGCAGUUGAGAAUUUUAGUCUCAAUUACAGUUUGAGAUCCGCAACGAAAAUUGAAAAAUUUAACGCCGAGUUGAAAUUUGAAUUCGAUAAGUUGUUUGGUAAUAAUAAUGAGCUAGUUAUUUCCUGUCUUCUUGGCGAAGCAACUAAAUCUACUGUUUUUAGCAAUCUUUUGAUGGAAAUUAAAAGAAAAGAGAAGAGCAAAAAGUCACGUUAG